UCAGUCCUGCAGGCUACAGCUAUGGCGGCGCCCUGUGUGAGACUCGGUCUGUCCCGAAGCCGGCUCGGGACACUGGCCAGGUGCUUCAGCGGGAAUGCCAGAGCCCAAGCUUCAGCAGGUACUGAAGAAAUCGAUAUCCCAAAGAGGAAAGUCUGGGACAAAACUGCGGUAUUGCAAGCUCUGGCGUACACGGUUAAUCAUGAUCCAACCUCGGCUCAUUACAUGUUUCAAGAUGAUCCCUUCCUCAUCCCUAAAACCUCUUCAGAGUUUCGUAUAUAUUCGAUAUCAAAAGAGUCUGGGAGAAACGCAGCCAAGUACAUUUUCAACACCUACCCGAAGUUCUUUCUGAAAGACUGUGCGGAGCCGACAAUUCCGUGUUUAAUGCCUGAGAAUCUCCAACCGCAGAUUGAAGGAGUAAGCGAAGAAGCGCUGAAGGAGCGCAUUCAGCUAAGGAGGGUAAAGGAUUCAGUGGAUUUGUUUGACCAGCUUCUCCAAGGAGGGACUACACCUUCUCUAGAAACUACAAACAGACUCCUGGACCUUCUGUGCUUCUAUGGGGACCGGGAGCCGGACCAGACAGAGCAGGGCCAGCCAGAUGAAAUGGAAAAUGCAGAAGAGGUCAGGAAGCGACCGGGUCCUUUCCGAAGAACCUCUGAGGUUGUUGGAUCCUGGAGGCAGAACAACAACGCUGAAAGGAUCUUUAACCUAAUGCCAGAAAGAAAUGCCCAUUCUUUCUGCACCAUGAUAAAAGGAAUGGUGAAGUAUGGUUCUCCCAGCAAGGCCUUCAACAUGUACACUGACCUUCUGAACAACAGGAUGAGCGCGGAUGUCUACACUUUCAAUGCGCUUAUUCUAGCUGCACCUGUAAUGAAAGAGAAAUACAGUGAGAAGUUGCAGCUCAUUAUGGAUCUGCUGAAACACAUGGUAGAGCAAAAAGUGAAUCCCAAUCUCUUGACGUUCAACUGUGUCCUGAAUAGCAUGCGGAAGUGUGGAGCGCUGGCCAAGGGGCCUGCCCUGCAGACGUUAAAUGAGAUGAAAGCACUUAAUAUCGAACCGAGCCUAGCGACGUAUUACCAUCUCAUUGGCGUGUUUUAUAAACCAGCUGCACCUUCUGGAAGGGGACAGGUUGACAUUCUCGCUGAAAUCCUGCAUGAAAUAGAAGGGAGAAGUUUUACUGCCCAGGACCCGGAUGAUGUGUACUUCUUUUCCAGUGCUAUGCGAGUGUGUCUGGAUCUUAAGGAUGUUGAAUUGGCUUAUAAACUACACAAGCUUCAACAGACCGGAGACAACUGGAAGCUCAUCGGAGACAGCUACCUGCAGAGUGCAUACUAUGGCAGGUUCUUCAAUCUUCUGUGUUUAAUGGAGAAUAUUGAUGUCAUCUUGAAGUGGUAUAGAGAGUUCGUCCCUUCGCGUUAUUAUCCAAACGUCAAAGGCAUGACUGAUCUACUGCAAGCUCUGGAAAUGGAGAACCGUUUAGACCUGAUACCUCAGAUCUGGAAAGACAUUAAACAGAUGGGCCACAGUAAUAAAGUAGAAUUGGUCGAGGAAGUAUUGAAUAUGAUGGCCAGAAACCCACAAUCUCCUGAGCUGCAGACUGCCUUUGCAGGCACCGCCUUGGACAUUAAAGCCGUGUACGAGUCCAGAGCCCGAAUGAAAGUGCCUAUGGAGUGGUCUGCCAGCGCCCUCGGGAAUAUCGGCAUACUGCUGUCCAGGGCUGGAAGAACAGACGAUGCCUGGAAAGUUCUGCAGCUCUUCAAGACAAACAAUAGAGUUCCAAGCGCUCUAGUGCUCGAUGAGUUUUUAGCCAGUGCCAAAACCAGCUGCAGCCCCGCUCUGGCCGUGAAUCUUGUGCAGCUCGCAGCCGGCUUCAGUUUACCAAACGUUGCAAGCAUAGCCCAGCGAGUCAUGGAGGAGUUUAAUAUCACAGAAGAGCAGAGGAUAAGUCUGGAAGAUCUCAACAAGCAGCACAGCGAGAGCAGUAGUAGUAGUAGUGAGAGCAGCGACAGCGACCGGGAGUCCUGAAAAGCACCUGCUCUUUCCAAGGAAGGGUCAUCCAAACCUGAGUCGAAUACCUGGUUACUGAUUUCAAGCUAAAAUAAAUGCCCUGGGAAAGUGCAGAAAGCCCUCAUGUGCUACAAAUAACAUGUUUGUACAUUUGUAUUAACUCGUGCAUCAACACAGCCUCGUGUGUACAAUAAAUUAUUCAAAUACUUUU